AUGACAGCACUUCCAUCAAAGCUCAUCAGAGUUGAUGAAGGUCAUCAUCACUUUAUAAAGUUUUUCCAUGCCCUGCAGCUGGAGUUUGCCCAGUUCAUGGCACCGCCCCGCACCAACACCCCCAAGGCCCAGCCCAUGCUGCUACCUCUGCCUUUAACCUCCAUCUUCAUUCUCAGCACCUUCGCCUGGCUGACUCCCAGAAGUUUUCAUAAGCAGCUCAGCAUUGUUCUAACACUCUUCCCUUUAAAGUCUGUCACAGAAAGCUUUGCCAAAGUGAUCCACGGCUUGAAAGUGGGACACCUGACAGAUCGUGUUAUCCAGAGGAGCAAGAGGAUGAUUCUGGAUACCCUGGGUGUUGGGUUCCUGGGAACCAGUACAGAAGUGUUCCAAAAAGCCAGGGAAUACAGUAAAAUCUAUAGCUCCAACGUAUCCAGCACUGUUUGGGGCCAGCCAGACUUCAGGCUACCACCAACAUAUGCUGCUUUCGUUAACGGUGUGGCUGUUCACUCAAUGGAUUUUGAUGACACGUGGUACCCUGCCACCCACCCUUCUGGAGCUGUCCUUCCUGUCCUCAUGGCUUUGUCAGAAGCCCUGCCUCCAAGUCCAAAGUGUUCUGGCCUUGACCUGCUGCUGGCUUUCAACGUUGGUAUUGAAGUGCAAGGCCGAUUAAUGCAUUUCUCCAAGGAAGCCAAGGACAUACCAAAGAGAUUCCAUCCCCCCUCAGUGGUGGGAACUUUGGGUAGUGCUGCUGCAGCAUCUAAGUUUUUGGGGCUCAGCAUGAAAGAGUGCCAAGAGGCCCUGGCUAUUGCUGUUUCUCAUGCUGGGGCACCCAUGGCGAAUGCCGCCACUCAGACCAAGCCUCUUCACGUCGGCAAUGCCGCCAGGCAUGGGCUAGAAGCUGCUUUUCUGGCAAUGCUGGGUCUCCAGGGAAACAAACAGGUCUUGGACAUGGAGUCAGGGUUUGGGGCCUUCUAUGCCAACUAUGCUCCCAAAAUCCUUCCAGACGUAGAUUCACACACUUGGCUGCUGGACCAGCAGGAUGUGGCCUUCAAGCUUUUCCCUGCCCAUCUGGCCACGCACUGGGUGGCAGACGCAGCUGCAUCUGUGAGAAAACAGCUUGUAAGAGACAGAGCCCUGCUUCCCACUGACCAUAUGGAGAGAAUUGUGCUUAGAAUUCCAGAUGUCCAGUAUGUGAACAGGCCCUUCCCAGACUCGGAGCCUGAGGCCCGACACUCCUUCCAGUACGUGGCCUGCGCCAUGCUGCUGGAUGGUGCCAUCACUGCCUCAUCAUUCCACAAACACCAGGUCAACAGGCCACGGGUAAGAGAGCUGCUCGGUAAGGUAGAGCUGGAGCACCCUCAGGACAACCUACCAAAUUUCAACACCCUCUACUGCGAGGUAAGUGUUGCCCUCAAGGAUGGAGCCAUCUUCACAGAGCGCUCUGAUACCUUCUACGGUCACUGGAGGAAGCCUCUGAGCCAGAAAGACCUACAGGAAAAGUUCAGAGCCAAUGCCUGCAGGAUGCUGUCCUGCCACACUGUAGAAAGGCUUAUAGAGAUAGUAGAAAACCUAGAAGACCUGGAAGACUGCUCUGUGUUAACCGCACUUCUGAAAGAACCCUCUCUACCAGAGAUAGUUUCAAAAUCUCUCUAGCAUUUAACAGUUCCAUCAUGCAACCUCUCCUGAGGCUUAACAACAUCUAAAUGACUUUAUAUUGGGGAAAAUUCAAUGCUUUGCUUUACAGAGCAAGGGUCUGUUCUUGGUCUGCCUGGGAAUAAAUGCAGCAUGCUGAAGAGAGUCCAGACACAGAACUGGAUAUACAUGGAAGAAGUCUUGUCCUGUAAAUUUUGCAAGACAGUUCCAGUUACCUAUAGCAAGAUAAUGGUGCAAGAAACACAGAGAAAUUUAUUUUAUAAGCAUUCAUAAGGCUGAAAUUCAGGUCACCUGUGAUUUGCUUAAUCUUUUCAGAGGAGUUAUUUAUGAACUUCAAGAGCCUCAAGGCUUGAGAGGGAUUUGAACUUCUGCAUACAACUUGCUGACAGAAGAAGGGCUCUGGUCUGUUGUGCCACCAAUGGACUUCUUACACUAUGGCUUAUCAGAAGCCCUUCACAAUGGAGGGGAUGCCACUGGGUUUAAAAUAAGGUCUUCAUGGGUUCAAAUCCUGCCUCUGCCAUUGACUAGAUGUGACCCUGGCCAUGGUUCUGGAUAACCCUCUACUUAAGUUUCUCUAUUUUUAAAGCAUAAAUUAAAAACAGUCUAAAAAAUAAAGCAGUUUGGCUCUAGAAGUCAUGCUCUUAAUCACUACAAUAUAUCACCUUUCAUUACAAAAAAAUUUUUGAGACAAAUAUCAUGGAUGUAGAGUCUGAGAUGUAAUAAAGAAUGACAGCCAAAACAUAGUACAUAUGUGGGUAGUCAGAUAUAUAUUAAACUGUAUAAAGUAAUAAAAAUGUCUUGUGGGGUUAAAAACUGCAACAUUAGCAUUAAAUACAUAUUUUAUAUAUAUAUAUAUAUAAGCAGGGAGUUAUUAUAGUUAAUGUAUUCUAAAUUCCUCACGUUGUUCAAGAAAAGGGCAACACUAUUAACUCUAGACUUUGAUUUGUAAGUAUGUAUGUUGACAUUUCUAGGGUGACUUAUAAAACAGCAGUGGAACGUAUCACUUCAGGUUAAUAGAGAGAGAAAUACGGAAUUAGGAAAAAAAAUAAUCCAAAGAAAGGUAAGAAAGGAGGGGGAAAAGAAAUAUAGAAAAGGCAGGACAGAAAGCACAAUAUAAAAUGAUAGGAGGGACUUCCCUGGUUGCUCAGUGGUUAAGAAUCCACCUGCCAAUGCAGGGGACAUGGGUUCGAUCCCUGGUCCGGGAAUAUCCCACAUGCCGCAGAACAACUAAGCCCAUGCACCGCGGCUGCUGAGCCUGUGCUCUAGAGCCUGCGAGCCACGACUACUGAGCCUAUGUGUCACAACUACUGAGGCCCACGCGCCUAGAGCCCAUGCUCCACAAGAGAAGCCACUGCAAUGAGAAGCCUGUGCACUGCAAUGAAGAGUGGGCCCCACCUGCCUCAACUAGAGGGAGCCCGCACACAGCAGCAAAGACCAAACACAGCCAAAAAAUAAUAAAUUAAUUAAAUAAAUUUAUUUAAAAGUAAAUAAAUUUUAAAAAUGAUAGGAAAAAUCCAAAUAUAUAUAUAUAUAAUUAUGAAGAGAGUAAAUGAACUAAAUGCUCCAGUUAAAAAAUACAAAGACUAUGAACACAUUUUAAAAUGUUUGUUUUAUUAACACCUACUGUACAUAUCAUUAAUUCAUCCAUUUUACAUUUUAUGAGUUUUAGUAAAUGUAUAGAGUUGUGCAAAUAUCACUGAAAUCCAGUUUUAGAAUACUUCUAUCACUUCCAAACAUUCCUCAGGCCUGUUUGCAAUCAAUUCCCAAUCUCCAGCCCUCAGCAGCCAAUGAUCUGCUUUCUAUCUCUAUAGUUUUGUCUUUUCCAACAUUUCAUAUAAAUGGAAUCAUACAAUAUAUAGCCUUAUGUGUCUGGCUCUUUCACUUAGCAUAAUAGUUUUAAGAUUUUUCCACAUAGGUAUCAGUACUUUAUUCCCUUUCAUUGCCAAGUAGCAUUCCAUUGUAUGGAUAUACCACAUUUGUUUACCCAUUAAUUAGUUAAAGAGCGGCUGGAUUGUUUCCAGUUUGGGGCUAUUAUGAAUAAUGCUUCUAUGAACACACACAAACAUGUCUUUCCAUGGACGUAUCUUUCCAUUUCUCUCGGGUUGAUUCCUAGGAAUGGGAAUGCUGAGUCAUUUGGUAAGUACAUGUUUAACUUUAGUAAAACCUGUUUUCUAUAAAGUAGUUCUAUCAUGUUACAUUUCCACCAGCAAUGUACAAUGGUUCCAGUUUCUUCUUAUCCUCACCAACCUUUGGAAUUAUCAGUCUUUAUAAUUUUAGCCAGUCAAGUGUGUGUAUAAUGGUAUCUCAUUUUGGUUUUAAUUUGCAUUUCCCUAAUGACUAACUCUUGCCCAUUUUUGCCUAUUAUUAUGAUUAGGUUGUCUUCUUAUUGAGUUGUAUGAGUUCAUUUUAUAUUCUGGCCAUAAGUUCUUGAACAGAUAUCUCUUUUGCAAAUAUUUUCUCCUAGUCUGUGGCUUGUCUUACUGUGAUUUUAAUGGUCUCUCUCUCUCUCUUUUUUUUUUUUUUUUUUUGCAGUACGCGGGCCUCUCACUGUCGUGGCCUCUCCUGUUGCGGAGCACAGGCUCCGGACGCACAGGCUCAGCGGCCAUGGCUCACGGGCCCAGCUGCUCCGCGGCAUGUGGGAUCUUCCCGGACCGGGGCACAAACCUGUGUCCCCUGCCUCGGCAGGUGGACUCAACCACUGCACCACCAGGGAAGCCCUAAUGGUCUCUUUUGAAGAACAGAAGUUUUAAAUUUUGUUUAAGUCCAUUUUGCUAUUUUUUUAAAAAAAUUUUUGUUCCUAUUUCUGGUGUUAUUAGAAGGAUUUUUUUUUUUUUUUUUUUUUGGUCGUGCCAUGCAGCAUGUGGGAUAUUAGUCUCCCAACCAGGGAUUGAACCCACACCUGCUGUAUUGGAAGAUUGGAGAUUUAACCACUGGACAGCCAGGGAAGUCCUUAGAAGGCAUUUUUAAAAUCCAGUUAUAUACUUUAUUCAAGACACACAAGGAUGUAGAAAAGUUGAAAGUAAAAAAUAUAGGGGAAAUAUGGAUGGAAUAGUAACAAAAGAAAGCUAGAAUAAAUAAAUGUUAAUAUUAAACAAAAAAGAAUUAUUAGAAAAGAGAUAAUAAUGAUAAAUUCAAGUCACUAGGUAACUAAAAUAAUUCUAAACUUCCAUGCAUCUAAAUACUAUUAAACUGCAAGGAGAAACAGAUAAAUCCAACACUAUACUGAGAGAAUUUAAACAUUUCUCUCUUAGUAAUUUAUAUUUCAAGGAAACCAAAAAUAAAUAGACUAUAUAAGAUUUAAAC